AUGACCGUCACCGCCUUCCAGCUGCCACCAAUGGCGUGGAACUGCCACAUGCAUUCCUUCAACCCCCAAGUCCACCCCUUCAAGCUGAACCGAUCAUACACGCCCGAGCCGGCCCUGAUGGACGCCUUUCUCGGCAACUCGCUGACCCGCGCUGCCCGAUGGAGCGAAAAACAUGACGUCGGCACGAAUGUCGUGCACGUGCUGGGUAACGGGUCCUACGUCAUGUACUACUCGGGCGAGCUGGCGGCGGACCCAGCACGCCACUGCAUCGGGGCGGCGACGUCCCAAGGGUCGAUCCGGGGCCCGUUCCGGCCGAUGGCGAGCCUGCUGGCGUGCCACGUGGAAGUGGGCGGGGCCAUCGACCCGUCCGGGUUCCUGGACGGGGCGACGGGGCGGCGCUACGUGGUGUACAAGGUGGACGGCAACAGCAUCGGGCACGGCGGCGACUGCAACAACGGGGUGGCGCCGCUGGCGCCGACGCCCAUCAUGCUGCAGGAGGUCUGCGCGGCGGACGGCGUGACGCCCGCCGGUCCGGCGGUGCAGAUCCUGGACCGCGCCGACGUCGACGGCCCGCUGGUGGAGGCGCCGGCGCUGGCGCGCACGCGGGACGGGGGCUCGUACGUGCUGCUCUUCAGCAGCCACUGCUUCAGCUCGCCGCGCUACAACGUCAACUACGCCGUCGCGCGGGCCGUGGCGGGGCCGUACGGCCGGUCGCCGGCGCCGCUGGUGCAGACGGGCGACUUCAACCUCACGGCGCCCGGCGGCGCCACGGCCGACGUCGGCGCCGGCGUCGUGGCCUUCCACGCCAACUGCCCAGCGGGGCGCUGCAUGUUUGUCGGCAGCUUCGGCGUCAAGGGCACCGAGGUCAUUAUAGGGUGA